AUGUCAGUACUCACUUCUCCAAGAGGCAAGGUGGAAGUGGUUCACUGCCGAAGAACCGAGUCUCAGGAUAUUCACUGUAUCAGAAGCCUCAUUAGGAAAUUCACCCAGAAGCUGUUUGGGAAGUUUAAUAUCAUCUACCUCCUAGAAAAGGCAAACCUUGCCAUCACACUACACAAUGACAAGGAGGAGAUCAUGGCCCAGGCCACUUUCCUGGACUACCCCAACUGGGAUGUAGCAAAGCAGGACGACUGGGUGUCCGUGUUCCGGGAGCUUGACAGCGAGAUCCCCUGCACGCCUCUGAAUACACUUUUCAUGCACCUGUUUGUGGCCGUGGACGAGUAUUCCAUUGACUGUUGCAAAGAGAUUAUUCGCACUGUGUUUAAGGCUGUGCCAGAGCUGCACUUCAUAUUUCUCAUUGUGCCAUACUACAUGAGCCUAGGCUCAACUCUCAGCACCGUUUUUGACCAAGUAGGAAACGUCCCGUGUCUGACAUUCAAGGAGGACUUUGCGGUGCACAUCUGUCAUAGGCACAACCACUACCCUCAGCUGCACGUUCGCAAUGCAAGAGUGGAAGAUCAUGACAACCUCAUGCCCAUAUUUAUGCGCCACGACACCAUUCUGAAGGAGAUGUAUGGCGAAUACUUCCUGGCCGAACUCAUAGAGGCCCAAGAUGAAGAAAACCAUGCCGUUGUGUGUGAGGUGGAUGGCGAAGCUGUCGGCUUCAUGAGCGUGUGCUCACGGGUGAACAUGCAGCUACUGCAUGAGUGCUUCGACCUGAGGCCCUUCCACGGCCUCUGCAUCCCCCACCCAGAUGACAUCCUGGAUCUGCCGAAGGAGUUUAGCGUCGGAAGUCAAGAUACAGAGCUCAGCAGUAGCAGCCAGGAUUCCCAGCAAAUAGUGAAGGAGCCAUUUUCUCCAGAGCCCAGGGAGAGUAUCCAGAGAAAAGUGACAGAGGACGCCACAUCCGGGGAGCCUCCCCUAGCGAGCCACAGUGAAAAUACUAGCGACGUGGAGGACCUGGAAAUCACCAGUCAGCUGUCCACUGUGGAUGAGCAAACCCAGUACCUGGUCAGUAGGAGCUCAACAUAUGGCUCACUGCGCGAGGAGCCCGGCUACUUCCGGCCCAGCUACAAUGGUGCCCCUACCGCCUUUUGCAUUCAGCUGUUCUGUAUCGAUGAGAAACAUGCAGCAAGGUCACUGGAUUUUAUGAAUUUCGUUUUCAGUCUUUUUCCUGACAAGAACUUCUGCAUCAUUUCUCUGCCCCCCCUCACCCCGGAAUUCAACCUCAUCCAGAACUUCGUGAAGGCCGUGCCCUUCGACAGCUGCACCCUCCAGCAGGAUCUCUACGUCUUUAGUAGGGCUGGAUUGCUCAAGUCCAUUGAAAUAAGACUGGCUGCCCUGAGGGAUACUCCUGGUGUGGAAAACCUUGUCAGGACCCUCCUGCUGAGCAGGAGCCUUCUGGAAGAUCUGGCCCAAUACAACGAGGCUCGCCGAGAUCCUGAUGGAACACCUCUGCAGGCAUUCGUGGCCGAAGUUGCAGAAGAAAUUGUUGGUAUUGCUGUGAUCAGAAACGAAAUGGACAUAGAGUACAUCCGGUCACACUACAACAUUGAAGAUUUCAUCUACUUCAGUCACCACCAGCGAGAAGAGCACGGGCACUUGUACCACUUUGCCCUGAACCCCAUCUUCCGGCACUACACAAAGUUUUUUCUAAAGGAAAUCCUUCGCUUAGGCUACAAGUCAUGUCUCUACUACCCGAUUUAUCCACAGAGCAGAGAAGGCAAGUUCCAGAAACCCUACGCCCACUCGCUGACAUCUGCCCUGCACUACUUCGUGCCCGUUCGCCCACGACGACAGAUUGUCUAUCCCCUGGAAAAGCUUGGCAUAAACGCCCCAUCAAAGGCGGUCUCCAAGGAGCCGAUGAGUUAUGCCUUGAACCACACAAACAGAAAGCUGACAUUGGAGUCUAAAAUAACCGUCAAUGCCAGGAUCGUUGUGGUUGGUGCGUCCAGUGUGGGCAUCUCCUUCUUGGAGACACUGGUGUUCUGCUCGCACCUGAAGUUUAACAGCCUCACCCUGAUUUCAACUCAUGGACUCCCAGGGAAAAAACUUCUGGGCAGUGAACCAAGAAAAUUCCUAGCAAGCGACCACUGUUUUAAUGAUAAAGAUUAUGCACUGAUGUCCCUGUGCUCCUGGGUUAACGUGGUGGUGGGAAGAAUGACGGCCAUAGACCGGGUGGCCAAGCACGUGGUGGUUUCCCAGGAAGAUAUCGUACACUACGAUCACCUCAUCCUGUGUACGGGCCAGCAGUACCAGGUCCCAUGCCCCACGGGGGCUGACAUCAGCCAGCACCUGACGAACCGGGAGGUCCCCAACUUCAACAAACUGCGUUACACCGGCAAAGUUCCCUGCAACCUGUUCACACUCAACAGCGAGGAAGACUGCUUUAAGGCACUCACUUGGAUAAGGGACAAUUCCAUCACCGAGGAAGGGAACGUCAUUGUCUACGGGAACACUAUUGACGCCUACACCACAGUGGAGAUGCUCCUGCACCUGGGCGUGAAGGGCACCUGCGUCCACAUGGUGCAGCCCCCGCCCUCCUCCACUGUCACCUGCCUCAACAACUACUCAGUGGAAAGCGCAGUGGCCGAGGCGCUCAGAGCCGCUGGGGUCACGGUUCACGUGGAAGCGAUCCUGGCCCAAUGGAACGACGGCCACUCCCCAGACCCCAUCCACAGCGCCUCCUUCACCACGCCCACCAAGCCCUUCAGGCUCCCCUGCUCAAUGUUCUUCAGCUUUGGUGAGAAGAACGUGGAUUACGAAACCUUUAAAGCACUCAAUGAUGCCUGUCUGGUCUAUGAUGGCCGACUGGUGAUCGAUACCAACUUCCACACCAACGACAUUGCCAUCAGAGCUGCUGGCCCCCUCACCAAAUUCUCCAAUAGAUAUUAUUCCAAUGAGUGGACUCACAGCAACUUCAGCUCCAAAGAAAUCGGCUUUCAGCUGGCCGCGGCCAUGCUCAACCUCUUUGAUCCAACCCUUGAGCCUGUGACUGAGCCACCUGCUGAUCUUGACCGACUCAUCCCCAUGUACAAAGGAGCCAAGAUCAAAGGAGGCAUUCUUCCCGGCUCCUACCAUUAUCUGCACGUUGCCAAACCCGCCAUUCCAACUCCCUUGGAGGUCCAAAUGGCACAGUCUGAUUUUGGUUUGGAAAUAGUCACCGGUUCAGUGGAAAACGGGACGUAUUUCCGGAUCCAUAUUAACAAGUACAGGCUGGUGGAGAGCAUCACGUGCCUCUCUAAGAUGCCGUUCCCCACCUCCAACUACAUCCGCCUGUUCGGCCAGCACGAGCAGGUGCUCAACAACCUGUGCGUUCGCUAUGAGAACGAAAAGAUCACGGAUCUCUACAGCUACUUCACGGAGUCGUGGUGCAUGGCCCUCUUCCACGACCGCUUUAUUGAUCUCCGGAAAGAGCUCCGUCAGAUCAUCGCCUCCAAGAAGGAAGAAGCGCUUCCCUCCCUGGAGGAGCUGGCCAGGCAGAUUGAGGACGAGGAGCUGGAGCUGAGCGAGAAGCCGCAGCAGUACCUCCAGAGGGUCUUCGAGGACAGCAUCUACAAGCCCCUGGUGGAAAGGAGCAUCCUGGACUACCUGCACUACAACUACUACCACCUGCCCAUGUACGCUUGGCCAGGCGUGGUGUAG